GUGUUCAAAUGUAGAACGGAAAUAUCAAGGUAGCAGCAUGAUCGCUACCACCCAGUGGGUGUCCAUGUGGGUGUGACUUGUUAUAUAACAGUUCCCCCGUUGUGCAAAAAUGGCACAAAAAGACCACAAGGAACAGAAGAUCAGCAGUCACCUCAGUUCAGAGUCUGUCAGGGUGAUUGCAGAGUCUGUCAGUUUUGGAGGAAUCCCUGAUGAGGCUUUAGUACACCUGGCCGAGGACACAACAUACAGAAUAAAGUUGUUACUGCAGGAGGCUGUCAAAUUUAUGCAUCAUGGAAAGAGGAGAAAACUUUCAACUGCUGAUUUUGACCAAGCUUUAAAAGUUAAGAAUAUAGAGCCAGUGUAUGGCUUCCAGCAAUCCACAGAAUUCAUUCCUUUUCGGUUCGCCAGUGGAGGAGGGAGAGAGCUACACUUUACUGAGGAGAAGGAAAUGGAUCUACAAGAUGUCAUCAAUUCCUCUCUCCCUAAAGUACCAUUGGACUUGUCUCUAAAGGCUCACUGGCUAAGUAUAGAAGGAGUUCAGCCAUCCAUCCCAGAGAACCCCCCUCCUGCCACCAAGGAUCAGCAAAAGAAUGAGAUCUUGGACACAGGUGUGAAGAGCGCCAUUGAUAAAAUUCCAAAACCAAAAACUGCCAAUGAGACGGUAAAAGCCAAACAUCGCCAUAAGGUAGCUGACCUGGCCAAGGUGAAGGAGCUCUCCACCCAUGAACUCUCUGUGGAACAGCAGUUGUACUACAAGGAAAUAACAGAGGCUUGUGUUGGACCAGACGAGGGGCGACGUUCGGAGGCUCUACAGAGUCUGGCCACAGAUCCAGGUCUGCAUCAAAUGCUGCCACGCUUCAGCAGUUUUAUUUCAGAAGGGGUGAAAAUUAAUGUUGUACAGAAUAAUCUGGCUCUGCUGAUCUAUCUGAUGAGGAUGGUGAAGUCUUUGAUGGACAACCAGACCCUGUAUUUAGAAAAAUAUUUACAUGAGUUUAUCCCAGCAGUGACCACCUGUAUUGUCAGUAAGCAGUUGUGUAUGAGGCCAGACGUGGACAAUCACUGGGCUCUCCGAGACUUUGCUGCUCGUCUUAUGGCUCAGAUAUCCAAAAACUUCAGCACAAACACUAACAACAUACAGGCCAGGAUAACAAAGACUUUUAGUAUGGCCCUCCAGAGUGACAAGAUCGCUUUGGCAACACAAUAUGGUGCAGUAGCUGGGCUUGGAGAACUGGGCUCAGAGGUGAUCAAAUCCUUCCUGCUGCCACAUGUGAGUUCACUUGGGGAACACUUGAAGCAAACUGUUGACGCUAUAGUUCUCAACAAUGUGGACAAAAUCGCGGCAGAUAACAUAAAGAAAAUGCUCACUAAAUAUAUCCCCCCAGUUCUGAAGGUUAGCAGAAGUCCCAAUAAUAGUGUUGAUAGUUACAUCGCUGAGUUUGGGUAUGUCGGUCAGCUGUUGUUUAAUGCUGUGGAACGAGAGAGACGGUCAUCAGGUAGUGGUCAGUCGGCAGGUCCAGGUCCAGGACCAGGAAGACCCUCAGUCCAUAUCCCCCAGCCAAGGAUGAUAAUCCACCCUGGCUCACAGCCCACUACCCCUUCUACCCCACGUCAACUGUCUCUCCCUAACAGCAUCAACCUACCAAAAACUCCAACCUCUAUUGGUGGACAACAGAAGUUUGUCAUCAUGUCCUCCCAGCCUCGUCAGCCAGCUCCUGUUAGUAAUCCUCUCAGCAUGACAAGUGGCACUGCUGGAACAACAAUCGUCAAAGUUAUGUCGUCUGGAGGUCAAGGGUCAACAACCAGUUCAGGGUCAUUACCCUCGACACCUCAACCUAAGAUCGUGGUGGUGUCCAUGCCGCAGGGGAGCGGAACGUCGAAACAAACCCCAGGGGCAGCAAGUACUAGUAUUCUGGGACCAGACAUGGGUGUGAAAAGUGUGUUCAGUGGACAAUCUGCAACAAAUUUUUCUCUAAAAAAGGAACAUGACAAUAAUUGGUCCUGACGAGAGCAUCUUUACUGCAUUAUUUAUGUAUAUGUCUGCCAUUGUACUGUAUUAUUUUGAAAGGUUUGCUUUAAUAGGUACUGUGGGUUUUAAAACAUUUAACUGGAAUAUCAACAAGAAAGGGGUUGAGGAGUGUUUAACACUCCUUUUGAGUUUAUUUAGUAUGUGAGAUCACCUUUCUGUAGGAAGAGAAGUGUAUACUAGAAAUUCCCGUCUGAUUCCGGUAAUAUUGACCGACAUUUUGUUAAUACAAAUUUUUAUGGAAUUGUAUUUUAUGGUUGAUUUAAGAAAGAAACUUCAAUUGUUUUUAUAAAAUAAAAAUAAAAUUCACAGCAGUUGACAAGUUUAAGUCCUUCAUUUAUUUAGGAACACAACAUUUCUGUGUUUGUUAUACUAGACCUGUCCUGAUGUGACCUUGGCAGAUUCCAAACAAUCAUCAUCCUAGAACCAUCAUCAAAAUGGUUACAGUCGAGUACUAUUCUAGGCACUUCAGAUUUGGCAGUCUUAAAUCAGAAUUUUUCUUAUUUAAGAAAAAGAUUUAAAAGUUUGUGACAAAUUAUUGGGUCUUAUAUUGUCGACUUCUUCAUAAUACCAUGAAAUUUGAAAUAAAAUAUCACUGUUAUAGUUAUUUAUAUAUUACAGUCAAUGAAUUCUGGUACAGGUAUAUCAGUAAACAUAUUCAUCCAUGUCCACUUCAUGUUGUGAAGACAGUUUUCUGAAAUGUUAUAAGUUUUGUUGUCACCUUUCAUUAUCAUUAUUGAACAUGUUUUAUACAAGCUUUUCAUUAGUAGACAAUACCAAAAUAAUCAACAGAAAUCAUGAUCUAAUAUCAUAUUAUUAUAAUUUUUUUUCAGUGUUGAACUUUAAUUAAAUAAUGUUUAAGAGAAAAAUUAUAUAUGUUUAGUGUCUACAAUAAUUGUAUUCAGCAUUUCAUUCAUAUUUUCUCUGAAGAAUUUUGAUUGUAUUCUUGGAACUGUCCGUUAAUAAGCCCAGAGGCACAGAACUUCUGUCAAGAGGAGAGCUUAUUGCAGACAGUGUGAAAUAGCACUUAUUGGUGAUUCAGCUGAAAAAAAAUACAACGGGAUGGAUCUAUUUCCAGGCGUUGGACUGAUAAUUGCUAUAAUAUUUUUGAGAUUUAAAGCUAGAAUAUUUCUUUAACCUUAAAACAAAUAUCCAAAAGAGCACUAGUUCUGUUGCUUUUUUAUAUGACGGAUGCAAUUUAAGAAAGCUAUAAUGUUUUGUCAUCUUACAACAAUGGUGAAAAAAAAAGUCUUAAAAGUAAGGUUCUGUAGUAUAUCCAAGGAGAAAUAAAAGUUAUAAAUACUCA